ACUGGUGUUGCGCCUUCGCCGAAAGGGACCCAGAAACCUGCCCUGUGUGUGUGUGUUUGCGUGUCUGUCUGUGGAAACUCUGUGGUUCACACGGCGUGUAAUCAUCACGUGUCCUUCCAGGUUACAAGGAGAAUCUCUCUCUUUCUUUCUCUCUCCCUCGAAACUCCCACGGAUCAGGAAGGCAGAAGACCUCGGGCUGUUCCCAGGAAGCCGAGAAGAGAAGGCAGGACGUGUCCCAUUCACAUGUUUCCUGCUUGAUCUGCUCACGGCCGGCUUCCAGGCCGCAUCGCAGCUAGUGGUGCUUUCUCUCUCUCUCUCGAGGGAUCCAGGUCUUUGUGAACGCCCUGCAUGGGAUAGAUGGCAAAAGCUUUCUUGGCCCACACCGUUACUGUGGUCUCUCUUAGCGUCACUCUAUCGGCUGUCGCUCCUCGGUCUUCUUCCCGCCAGUUUUUCUACCCGUUCUUCCAUUCAGCCAGAAAUUUUGCUUUCAGCACAUCUUCAGAGCGUUGGUUCCACCGUGACGCUGCUAAAAUGUCACACUGUAAAGGUCAAACAGAAAACGUGCAUAACAAAGCUAGAACAUCCCCUUAUCCCAGAUCCAGGGUCUGUCGCAGCGAAGUCCCCAAUGUCAAGGUGGACUGGCUAGUUGAGUGGGAAGAUUACAACCCAGUGGAAUACACAGCACCCAGUGUGUUGGCAGGACCUAAAUGGGCUGAUCCAGAGAUUGGGGCAAAAGGCUUUUCUCCAAAAUUCAAUGAGAAGGAUGGAGAAGUAGACAGGAAGAGCCAAAGUGGUAUCUAUAAGGUGGAAAAUGGAAGGCCCAGAAAUCCUGCAGGCAGGACAGGAAUAACAGGCCGAGGUCUGCUGGGACGAUGGGGACCAAAUCACGCCGCUGACCCUGUUAUAACCAGAUGGAAGAGAGAUGGCAGUGGGAAUAAAAUGGCUCACUCAGGAUCCGGGAAAAAUAUCUUGCAGUUCAUCGCCAUUAAAAGAAGGGACUGUGGAGAAUGGGCCAUCCCAGGGGGCAUGGUGGACCCAGGAGAGAAGUUGUCUGCGGCACUAAAGCGAGAAUUCAGCGAGGAGGCCCUGAACGCCUUACAGAAAACUGGGGCAGAGAAAGAAGAGAUGGAGAGACAGCUGAACAAGCUUUUUAGCCAGGAUCACUUUGUGGUGUAUAAGGGGUACGUGGAUGAUCCUCGUAACACAGAUAACGCUUGGAUGGAGACAGAGGCAGUGAACUACCAUGAUGAAACUGGUGAAGUAAUGAAUAAGUUACACUUAGAAGCAGGAGACGAUGCUGGGAAGGUAAAAUGGGUUGACAUUAGUGAGAAACUCAAACUGUACGCCAACCAUGCUGACUUUGUCAGAAUCGUAGCAGAGAAAAGAGGAGCGCACUGGAACGAAGAUCCGGACCUUGGUUGCAAGGAUGGAUCUGGGAUCAAGGCGUAAACUGAAAUCUAAAUACGUCAAAUGGAAUUGCAAAAGUGGUAUGCAGCAUUAAUGUUAUUUUGCAAGAGAGUUUGUUGGUCUUAUGUAGAGAUGGGCACAAAAUCCUGGUUCGACGUUUCAUGCCGGUUUGUUUUUUUGGCCAGACACAGAUGUUUGGCGCUUCCCAGCCCU